CCGAGGAACUGCACCGGGCACGGAGCGGGGGCCGGCGGCUGAAGCGGGACCCCUGCCCGGGGCCAGCGCAGCGAGCAAGAAGCUGAGCUGGGGACAGAGGUACCUGGGACCGAGGGGACGAGGUGUGCGGUGUCCUGGCCUCAGGCAAGGUGAGCUGCCCUCCAGCACGGGAUGUGCCCUGAGCCCCUGCCCUGUGGGAGCUGCCGGUGACGGCAAGUGGGAGAGCCGGGAAGUCAGAGCAAAGGAAUUUGCAAACACAUUCUUCAGCGCCACGAGGAUCCCAUUGCAUGUAAACAGGAAUACAGGCCGGGCUGGGGCGAAGUGAGAGCUGCCUCCAGUUCUGCAGGACCCUCCCUGGACUCGCCUGCCCUGGGCAGUGCCCGGUGGCACCAGCCCCAAAUUUCUGUUCCCGACUGCAGCCGAGCCGCUGUGGGAAGCGGCAGCGAAGGAGAAGAGAGGGGCUGCUGAGCGACUGCCAAUGUCACGCUAACAUCCCGGCGAGGCUGCAGGGAGCCGGCGCUUUGAUCACCCGCCCGAGAGCAUCUCGAAGCAGGCAGGAUGCCACUGUGAGCCCUGCCUUCUCCUGCCUGCCCCAGCCUCGCUCCUGGCACCCUCGGGGCUGGCUGCAGAAGAGGGGUGCGGGGCCCGCUGGCGCUGCCCCGUCUCCCCAGGAUGCUCUCCCGCACCAGCCGCUGCUCCCUGUGCUCCUGCUCCGCGGCCAGACCGAGAUUGAAAGCUCAGCAGGCUGCCGGCAUGUUUUAGCCUCAUGCAGGCGUCCCUCGGAGACCCCAGAGCAGUGGACAGUAAUGUGAAAACGAUACUCAUGUCGUGUCUGAAAGGGCAACAGGUCAUCAUUAAGAUGGAGGCGAUGAAGAUCAUCCACCCGGAGAAGUUCUCGGAGCUCCAGGCGUCUCAGCCGCGCUACGCGCCCGCCCCACGCCGCGAGCCGCCCCUCGUGGCCAAGCGAGCGUGGCCCUCCGAGUCCGAGAUCAUCGUCAACCAGGCGUGCGGGGACAUCCCGGCCCUGGAUGCCACCCCCGGGCCGCUGCCGCUGCCCCGGACCCCGCCCCUGCCGCGGCGAGAGCGCGGCUACCAGGGCCAGCGCAAGGGCAGCUCCGAGGUUUGCUACCACCGGCAGCCGCCGUCGGACGAGGUGAUCGUCAACCAGUACGUGCUGCACCCCUCGACCCCCUGCGAGCCCCUGGAGUGCCCCACCUGCGGCCACAUGUACAACUUCACCAACAAGCGGCCCCGCAUCCUCUCCUGCCUGCACUCGGUGUGCGAGGAGUGCCUGCAGAUCCUCUACGAGUCCUGCCCCAAGUACAAGUUCAUCUCCUGCCCCACCUGCAAGCGGGAGACCGUGCUCUUCACUGACUACGGGCUGGCGGCGCUGGCCGUGAACACCAGUAUCCUGAACAGACUGCCGGCCGAGGCUCUGGCCGCCAACCCCGUGCAGUGGAGCAGCGACACCGAGCGCAGCUGCUACCAGACCUUCCGCCAGUACUGCGGGGCCGCCUGCACCUGCCACAUCCGCAACCCCCUGUCCUCCUGCACCAUCAUGUGAGCCUCGGCACGGCGGGACACGGCGGGACACGGCGGGACACGGCGGGAC